GCUUUCUUCCCUAGUUUUCAACGACUACACACUACUAUGCUGUACUGUGUGGAUUCUGCAAGCUAAGCAGUUACAGCGAUGAACGGUCCUUGUGACCUGCAUAUUUCCUCACAAUGUCCUCUCCGGCAUCGUCGAUGGGCGCGUAUACGUCUUCCUCCCUCCCCACGCUAUCCGCCUCCAUGAAAUCGGUGGGACAACAAGUUGCUGGCAGAGGCUCAUCCUCGGGCUUCAGUCGUGCUAUUGUGGGAGCUGUUACCUUUAUACCAGGUGCUUUGUUCUGGCUCAUUACGUUCACGACAAUCACCUUACCAACAUGGUUGUUUACACUGUUCUCCAUGAGCCUGACUUUCACCAUGAACUUCACCACUUUGCUCUUGAUCGCCCUACUCAUUGUCUCGACCAUCAGCUGGUUCAUUCGCUAUCGUUUCCUCAAUGUCUACACUCGCCUGCCACAGGAGCCCCAGAGAAAAGAGCCGCAGAUAGAUCUAUUUCCAGACACACAAGAAGGGGAUUCGAAGCCAGGGCUGUCAAACUACCUUGAUGAAUUUUUGAGCGCGAUCAAGGUGUUUGGAUACUUGGAAAGACCGGUCUUCCAUGAGUUGACCAGGACAAUGCAGACUAGAAAGCUCAUUGCUGGGGAAACGCUGCUGCUCGAGGAAGAGAAGGGCUUUUGCCUGGUUGUGGACGGUCUUGUCCAGAUCUUUGUCAAGUCGUUGAGAGACGCUUCUGAGGGCAAUACUGAGCAAAUAGACCUCUUUGGCGAAGAAGAGGGGUACCAUGAAGGUAAUCAAGGAUACCAAUUGCUUACAGAAGUCAAGAACGGAGCGUCCAUGUCCUCCCUCUUUUCCAUCUUGUCACUCUUCACCGAAGACGUAAAGCUACGACACGACGACCGCAACCCUGCUGCUCCAGUCUUCCAUAAUAACACCUCUCAUACACCCGAGUCAGACAUCGCUAGCCCUGCAACCCAGCCUUCGACGCCAGCCGCGGCACUUUCUGGACCCCAAGGCCAUAUGCAUAGACAAAGACUGCCUGCGGUUCCUCCAUUGACUCUUGAGCCUCCCUUUGACGAGCGCGAAUAUCCAACGCCUGGAGCGAAUACAAGGAAGGCCGCGUCAGCACACCCUGAUAUCGUUGCCCGAGCUACAGUGGACACUACAAUCGCAAUCAUCCCAGCAAGCGCCUUUCGCCGAUUGACGAGAGUGUAUCCCAAAGCCACGGCUCACAUAGUCCAAGUGAUCUUGACACGGCUGCAUCGAGUAACAUUGUCUACCGCUCAUCAGUACUUGGGACUGACUUCGGAAGUUUUGCAAAUUGAGAAGUCGAUGAACAGGUUCACGAGCUUCGAUCUGCCCAACCAUCUGCGAGGAGCUGCCCUCGACAGGUUGAAAGACAAGUUCAACAAAGAACGGGAUCGCAUUGGCCCGGAAGAGCUGACUAAAGGGAUCGCCUUGCACAAUCCCUCUGUAAACCGGCGAAGAUCAUCAAGCGGGCUACGAAGGGAAGCUGCCAUUGCUGCCAGAGCGGCUGCUGCUCGUGGAGCUCCACUGGCAAUGACGCCGAAUGUCACGCGUCCUGUACUGGGUGAUAGAAAUGUUAGUUCUGGGGAUCUUCACGGGAGCUCAAGACCUAGCCAGAGACCGAUCAGCAUGCACAUUCGAUCUACUUCCAACUGGACGGGCAUGGGUGCCCCGGAACCCUCGAAGUUGGAUCUAAGUAGUCCUCUGGGGGGCCGCGAGCAGGCCUACUUUUCUCCAUUCGGCAAUGACAUGCCGCAUCGACAAGAUUCUGUGGCCGAAGAUGGCUUAUUUAGAGAAUCUGUCUUGGAAUGCAUGGCCAAGGCACUCGGUCUCAACGAGCCCAUUAAUCAGUCGUUGAGACGCGGACCUGCGUCUGUCGAACAGAGCCCACGUCUUGUUUCGUACGACGCAAGAAGGCAAACUGCAAUUUUCAACAACGCAUUCGGGUUCAUCGACGCGUUUGAUGAGCUAGGCGACGGUGAUUCUGAGUCAGUAUCCACGUCGAUGACUAGCGUCAACGGCCUGCAGGGUCAAUCUUUGCAUGACGAAUUAAUCGAUGAUGUGGAAAUUGUCUUCUUUCCCAAAGGAUCAGUUCUAGUUGAGCAGGGUGAGAGAAACCCUGGUCUUUACUACGUUAUUGACGGAUUCCUGGACGUCAGUAUCCCAGUCGAAGAGAAGGAGGAAAGGAAAAUGGCAUAUUCCUCAAGAGCUAGCGCAAAUGGCCAUGACGAGCCAUUCCCCCGACUACGACGCACAAAAACGUCGACUUCCCGGGCUUCGUCGAUGCCCGGUGGCCCCGGUCACUCUCGAGAAGGGAAGCGGAUGGUCCAAAAGUCGCUCUUCCUGGUUAAACCUGGAGGCAUCGCAGGGUACAUCGGAACUUUAUCAUCUUACCGUUCCUUUACAGAUGUCACGGCCAAGACGGAUGUGUAUGUUGGCUUUCUGCCUCGUGCAGCUCUGGAACGUGUUGCAGAGAAAUAUCCUAUUGUUCUUUUGACGAUGGCUAAGCGGUUGACGAGUCUACUCCCCCGUCUCAUCCUUCACAUCGACUUCGCCUUGGAAUGGGUGCAAGUUGACGCGGGCCAAGUCAUACAUCAUCAAGGAGAUGAGAGUGAUGCCAUUUAUAUCGUUCUAAACGGUCGACUGAGAGCAGUCCGCGAAGCUGAGAGUGGAAAUAUGCGGGUUGCAGGAGAAUAUGGCCAGGGUGAAAGCAUCGGAGAGCUGGAAGUCAUGACAGAUGCGACCAGACCGGCAACGCUGCAUGCAAUACGAGACACGGAACUCACCAAAUUUCCGAGGAGCUUGUUCAACAGUCUUGCUCAGGAACAUCCGACAAUAACAAUACAAAUAUCAAAGCUGAUUGCUCAACGAAUGCGAGCAUUGGUAGAAGCUCCCUUGACGGAGAAGGGCCAGGAGAGAAAGAAAGCAGCCGUGGGCGAGACUCAGACGUCGAAUUACAAUCUACGGACCAUAGCAGUGCUGCCAAUCACUACUGGAGUGCCCGUGAUCGAAUUCGGCAAUCGACUGUUGGCAGCCCUGAGUCAAGUCGGUGUUAUGAACGGGGUGUCGCUACUAAACCAAGCCAUCAUCCUCAACCACCUUGGACGUCAUGCAUUCAGUCGAAUGGGUCGGUUAAAACUGUCACAAUAUCUCGCAGAUCUCGAGGAGAAAUACGGCAUGCUGCUCUAUAUCGCUGAUACUAGUGUCAACGCUCCAUGGACUCAGACUUGCAUUGCACAAGCUGACUGCAUCUUGCUGGUUGGUUUAGCCGAAGCCUCCUCUAGCAUUGGUGAAUACGAGAGGUUUCUGCUCGGUAUGAAGACCACGGCUCGCAAAGAUCUCGUUCUUCUGCACGUUGACCGCUAUGUCCGACCUGGACUUACGAGAAAGUGGCUGAGAAAUCGAAUGUGGAUCAACGGGGGCCACCAUCACCUCCAAAUGGCGUUCCGAGUCAGUCCCGAGGCUACGCCUCAUGCUCAGCCUAGGCGACUUGGAACUGCUAUCAAGCAGAGAGUGCAGGUCAUACAAGCAGAGAUCCAGAAAUACACGUCACGGAGAGUUCGACAAGCUCCUCUGUAUUCGACAGACACGCCGUUCAAAGGUGACUUCCAUCGACUGGCAAGACGGCUAUGUGGCAAGUCUGUGGGCCUCGUCCUUGGCGGAGGUGGUGCUCGGGGUAUUGCUCACGUCGGAGUCAUUCGAGCUCUGGAGGAGGCUGGCAUCCCCAUCGACAUCAUUGGCGGCACAUCGAUUGGGGCUUUCAUGGGUGCCCUCUACGCACGCGACGCUGAUGUGGUACCUAUGUUUGGUCGAGCAAAGCAGUUUGCUGGUCGAAUGGGCAGCAUGUGGCGUUUCGCGUUGGAUCUUACCUACCCGUCUGCAUCGUACACGACAGGCCAUGAAUUCAACCGGGGUAUCUUCAAGAUUUUUGGUGAUUCGCAGAUCGAAGACUUUUGGCUCUCCUUCUAUUGCAACACGACAAACAUUAGCAAGUCCCGGGCGGAGAUUCAUACGUCGGGAUACGCGUGGCGGUACGUCCGUGCAAGCAUGUCUUUGGCCGGCUUAAUUCCACCAAUUUGUGACGACGGUAGCAUGCUUCUGGACGGUGGAUAUAUUGACAAUCUCACCGUCGCACACAUGAAGAGCUUGGGAGCAGACCUUGUAUUUGCCGUGGACGUGGGCAGCCAGGAUGACGAUACACCACAGCAAUACGGUGACACGCUUUCUGGAUUUUGGGCACUGUUGAAUCGCUGGAAUCCAUUCUCCUCGAUACCAAACCCGCCCAGCCUCAGUGAUAUUCAAGCGCGAUUGGCGUAUGUCAGUUCUGUGGAUGCGCUGGAGAGAGCGAAGAAUACACCAGGUUGCUUGUAUAUGAGGCCACCAAUUGACGCGUACGGGACGUUGCAAUUUGCAAGUUUCCAGGAGAUUGUCGAAAUUGGACACUCGUAUGCCAAAGAGUUCCUGGCUCGUUUGAAAAGUGAAGGUGAAUUGGACGGUGUAAUUGAUGCAUGGGCCGCAGACAAUGAUGAGAAGGGCAAGCAGCUGCUUCGGGCUCUGGCACCGAGAAGAGCCUCGAUAUAG